UAGAAACAUAAAACAGAAAAAGAAAUGAAAAAGCGAUUUAAUGCAAAUUGUGAACGGCACGAAAACGAAUGAACGGUUCUUUCUCUACGUAAACCUAACAUCUGCUGCAUUAUGCCUUAACUUAAUGCUUAAUCGAUAGAUAUUGACCAAGAAACAGAGUCAAAAGUGGGAAAUAAAUUUUCCCUGUCUCUGCCGUGACUGUCCCGACGCAUAGAGACGAUGAGGCUGUCCGGACUGGCACUUACUGAUGAAGUUGGAUCAAAAUAGAAACGGUUACAGUCAAGUGAAUACGAAUGUGCAUAUCGUGCGUGAUGAGAUCUAGAUUAUUUUGGAUAUUUGCAAUUAUAUACUCAUCACUACAUCACAUUGGGUCGGGAUCUACUUCGACAACAUUGAAGCGUCCCAGAGCCGGCGAUCCCUUCGACACGUUCCCGAAGAACUUCUGGCAGGAGUUCUCCUCGCCGUUCACAGACACGCCGGAAGAUGAGGAGCUGGAGGUCACCGAGACGACCACGCACGAGCCGUUCCCCUUCUUUGCUGAUCCCUAUACGACGGUUAAUAUAAGCACCCAGCUCUCCUCGAACGUAUAUCUGCACUGCCGCGUCAAUGACCUGCAGGGCAAGACGGUGUCGUGGAUGCGGCGUCGAGGCGAUGACCUCACCCUGAUUACAUUCGGCCAGCACACCUAUAGCGGCGACUCGCGCUACUCGCUCGAGUUCGAGGAGCCUAACGACUGGAAGCUCCUCAUCCAGUUUGCCAAUGAGCGCGAUGAGGGUCCGUACGAGUGUCAGGUCUCCUCGCAUCCUCCCCUGGUACUUCUCGUAUAUCUUACUAUAAUUGUUCCUCAUGUGGAAAUUCUUGACGAGAGAGGAUCGGCCACACCGGAGAAGUACUACAAGGCUGGCAGCACCAUCGAGCUGCAGUGUGUCAUCUCCAAAAUUCCACAUCCAUCGUCCUACAUCACCUGGCGACACGGGCCCCGUCUGCUCAACUAUGACACCAGUCGGGGUGGCAUCAGUGUGAAAACGGAUAUGCUACCUGGACGGGCCCUGAGUCGCCUAUACAUUGCCAAUGCGAAUCGACAAGAUACCGGGAACUACACCUGUAUGCUGGGGAACGAGAUUACGGAGACGGUUGUAGUACAUGUGCUUAACGGUGAGGAGCCAGCCGCAAUGCAGCACGCGAACGGGACUCGCCACGGUGCCAGGCCCUCAACUAUGGUUGUGUUUUUUCUAUUGUACGUAUACGCGUGUGUUUGCGGAAUGGCGGUGGCGGUGGGCCACCCGGUCGGGCGAUGACGAUCUAGUGGCAUCUGUAAGGUGAAAACACAGGUAGGUGGUCGCUACACAGCAGAGUUACAGUGAGGGAAAUGCAUACACCAGAAAAUCUUGUCCAGAAUUGCAUUUUUGACUUUUACUCUAAUCAUGGGUUGUUUAAUAUACGAUAAAUAGCAUAAAAUGAAUACUGAAUACAUACUAGAUUUAAGUCGCAAAUCGAAUGAUAAAAAACAAACAAACAAUGUGAGAGCUCGUAUGUAUUUAUAUUAUAUAAGGGCGUACGCGAAUAUAUGUAGAACAUGAAAUUGAUUUUGAAAAUUCUAGAGCAUACAAUUAUUGUCAUAAUCUCAACGUACUACAAAGGCCGUGUUUAUGUUGGCUAAAUAUUAAUCAUAUAUUAUAUGUAUGUACGUGUGUAUGUCUGUAUACAUCUCGUAUUCGUUUUGAUCCUGUCAGCUUAUACAUCAUUAUGCAAGCAUAUGUACAUGUUUAUGUAUAUGUACAUGGAUGUAUACUUACCUAGAUUUGUACAGGCUAAUGUAUUUGUAGCUGCAUAAGUCAAUAGGAGCCGGCCAAUGCACUUUCAGUUCCACCUAAAUCAUUUUUCCGAAGGCUAAUCCAUUAUGCUUCUAAUACGCUUCUAAUCCAAGGCCUUGUGAAAAAUGGUUUUAGCUUCUGGAAAUCAAACAGCAUAUCAGUUGGGAUCAUUUUAAUCGUAAUAAUUACACUGUGCUACAGUGGCCUUUUACUUUACACCUAACCAAAAUUCUGUUGUAGACCUGUUCCAGUAAAUCUCUUCUUUGGAAUUUGCAAUAUACAUAAUCCGAAAUUCGAUUUUAAAAAUUCUAGAAACUUUUUAGCUGACUUCGGACGCUUUAAAAACUUUAAUAAUUGUCACUCGGCAUCUACAAGACCAAUAUCAAUGAGAAUUGAGGUUUGAAAAGGGGAAAGUAUGGCAAACCUUUCAUAACUUUAAAUUAGUUUCCAUACAAAGGCUAUGCUCAAGGUUUUAGCUUUCCAGCAUUUAACAUUUUUUGACAUGCUAACGUAUUUUUUAAAGAUUUUAUAUCUUUGGUAGCGUCAGUUCCCAGCCAAAUAAGAUACUAAUAAUUGAAAUUGUAAAAAAAUUACGAAAUUACGUAUUUUUUAGCAAAUCAACCUGUACAUUACAUAUGUAUAUUACCCAGUUUCUGAUAUAUAUUGACACUUUGAAUAACUAGAAUCAUAGGUUCAAAUAUUGGCUACUUUCGCGUACCAUGAUUUCAAAAGCACUGUGUUUAGCCGCACUGGGAUUUCCGCAUCACGAAUGAAAGAGUGAAAUCAUGUGGAAACCAGCUCAAAUUAACCGUUUGACGAUAUUUGGGAGUAGAUAUCUAGUUUUGAAAAAUGUCAAAAGAUGGUUUUAAGAUCCACUAAACCAGAUCUACGCGGUACUCAGAGAGUACACGGUUUAUAUUAGAUUCCUAUAGACGUAAAGCAAAGAAAGCAUUUCCUAUCUUAAAAAGUGUACUCUUGAUCAGCAUUGAAAUCCGAGUCGAUAGAGCCAUGUUUAACGUCUAGUUUCCAGAGACUAAAAGAGGUAAAGCAACCAAAUUUCAGACUCCUGUAAUAUCACUCGGAAAAAAAUUUAUUCUUAAAUUUUGCCACGCCCCCUACCGACCCCUCAAAGGAAAAGGUUUGUGACAGAGUCUAAAGAAUAAUCCUAAUUGGCCAGAUCUGCUAAUCAUUAUAUCCGGAAUGAAGAAAAUAAUUUCCCGCGACUGCUCGAGACGCGACCCUCGUCUCUCUCACACUCGUCCUUUUCUACAGAGUGAAAUAUAGAGUGUGACAUUUUCUACGGUCGGUGCGGUAUGGAUACAGCUAGAAUAGUAGUCAUUGGAUGGAAUGAGGGUACACAAAUUUAGAACAUAACCAGCGCUCGCUCACUCUAGUUUUUCAAAUCUCAAACCAACACAAGUCGUUUUAUCGCGCUGCUUCCACCAGAGGGCGCACACUGCAAAAGGAAGAGCGUGGAAUAAGUAAGCGCAUUGAAGCCGUUGCGUCGCCAAUGAAUUUUAAUUUGUUCCUUCCGGUUAUAAUAAUGAUCCGAUCUAGUUCCAGAUUCGGCAAUCUGUAGAUAUGAUCUCUAGGAUUCCGCGUUUUCGCGUAUCCUUAAAUCCUUCUGGAUGCUGGAAAUUUUCGUCUUUUUGGGGGGCGGGGAAAAGUUUUGAACACACACUUGUAACAGUGUGUUACAGGAGUCUGGAUAGUCGCUGAGACUGUAGACAUAGCUAUAUCGACCCGGCUAUUGAUGCUGAUCAAUUAUAUAUACUUUACGGUAUGCGGUAAGGAAACGCUUCCUUCUGUGUGAUACACACAUGCACUUCCACCACUAAUCUAACAUACUCCUAUACUCUUUGAGUACCGGGUAUACUCGUACAUAUUGGGAUACGCGAUCUGCUUUAUACACGUCCUGCCAAAAUCUAAAUUUACAUAUGGAUAAACAUAACAGUACUAACUGAAUACCGGGUAUUAGUAGUGUAUCGAAUAACAUCGAUUCGACUGGUUUUUGUCUCGUGUAAAAUAGAUUCAAAAGUUGUAAUUUUGUAGCACUGUGUCAUUAAUAGUGGUCUGCUUUUCCAAUCCAAAGUAUGGGUUUUUAGGCUCGACCUAUCUUUUGCUUGAAAUAUGGAAAUCUUCAAAACUAAUCAAUUAUGAUCAAAAUGGAUAUUUUUCGGUAAAAAUCGACCUGAGUGACCUAAACAUUGAUCAUACUUUAUUUUUUGUCGAGUUUUCAAUUAACGUAAAAAGUAGUUGGCACAGAAUUUGUGGUGUGUGGAUCGAUGAAAGCUGUUCCAAAAACGAAGAGAACAAAGAGAAAAACAAGACGUACUAUAGAAGCUUAGGAAAUGUUUAACGUUAACAAACUGUGUCAUUUAAAAUGGAUACAUAUCGUUUAAUUAUUGUUAAUUCGGUUGCGGAACCAAUGACCAUUUGAGCCCAAACAAAAAUAAUAUGUAUGUAACUGUA